AAAUCAAACUUUCAUAUAAAAAGUAUUGUGGCUCACAGACUUUAUCAUUUUCUGUCUUUCCUUCACAGCACAUCUGCUCUCCGCAAACCAAACAUGGGAGUCCUGCUGUCCAAAUUAAACACGGUCCGGUUUCACAACAAAGAGAUCCGGAUUGUGAUGGUGGGAAAGACUGGGGUUGGGAAGAGCGCCACAGCAAACACCAUUCUGGGAAAAAACGAAUUCAAAUCAAGGUGUUGCCCCAAAUCUGUGACAGAGCAGUGUGCGAAGGCCACUGGUGAGGUGGACGGACAAAAGGUUGCUGUCAUCGACACUCCUGGUCUGUUUGACACCAGGAUUGAUGAAGACAAAAUCCGUGAAAAUAUCUCCCAGUGCAUUUCUUAUGCAUCUCCAGGACCCCACAUCUUCCUGGUCGUCAUCAAACUGGACAGAUACACGGAGGAAGAAAAGAGGACGGUGCAGAAGAUUCAGAAAAUCUUUGGAGAGGAAGCAGACAAGUACAGCAUGGUUCUCUUUACCCAUGGUGGCCAGCUUGGUGAGGAAACCAUCGAGGAGUUCUUGGAGCAAAGCGAAGACCUGCAGGAGCUGGUGGCCAAAUGUAACGGGCAGUACCAUGUCUUUGAUAACAACCUGCAGGAUCGUUCUCAGGUCACAGAGCUGCUCAGCAAGAUCAGAGAAAUCACACAGAAGAACGGAGGAACCCAUUACACCACUGAGAUGUUCCAGAGAGCAGAGAGGGAGAUCGAAAAGGAGAAACAACGAAUCCUGAAAGAGAAAGAGGAGCAGAUGCGCAAAGAGCGAGAGGAACUGAGGAGGGUAACAGAGGAAAAAUAUAAGCAGCUGGUGAGGGAAGAAGGGGCAGACCUGGAGAGGGCAGCUCAGUUGAUGGCAGCUUGUGAAAGAGAAGUGGGAAAAGAAAUAAAGAAUUUGCAGGAGCAGCAUGAAAUACAGGCUAGAAGAGAGGCAGAGAGCAGCAUGCAGUUACUCGUACAGUUAGCUAAGAUUAUUGGUUCAGUACUUGUUGUGACCUUUGGCAUACUUCUUGCAUGAGUUAAUCACAACACAAAGCUGUAGAUCUGUGUGAUAGACUGUGACUGCUUUAUUAUCUAUAAUCCAGAAGAAGUGUAGUGGUGGUGGUUGUGUCUUUCAAAUAUUGAUGAUUUAGCCAUUUUGGAUUUGCAUGAGCAUUGUUGUCCAGUUGUGCAGGAGUUGUGAGUCACUUGACACUUUUUUUUGUGUGCAUUCUGGUCAUUGUGGUUUAAUGUCUUCUACUACAUAAUGUAAAUAAACCCAUAAAACUAAACUGUGUUUCACACAACUGUAUACUUAAAUAAAGG